AUGGCAGGCCAUCAACAGACUGAGAUACCAAAAGAUGCUCCACCCUCAUAUGAGGCUCUGUCUGUGCUUCCUAAAGAACCUCAGCUAGGAGUACCACCCCGCCGACUUCGACCGCCUCCGCCUCUCGAAUUGCCCGCAUUGACCUAUUUGCGUGGGAAAAGAGUCAUUCUUGCUUCACAGUCGCCCAGACGAAAACAACUACUUGCGCAAAUAGGCCUUACGAACAUUGAAAUACUUCCAUCCAAUUUCGAAGAGAAUCUGCCCAAAUUGCACUCUCCUUUUGAAUAUGUUCUCGCGACUGCCACGCAAAAGGCGCUGGACGUCUAUAAGCAAGAAGUGAACAAUGAAGAGAAGGGUGAACCGGCGUUGAUAAUCGCCGCAGACACCAUCGUUGUGAGCAGUCUGGGCGAGAUUUUGGAGAAGCCUAGGAGCGAGGUGCACCAUAUCACCAUGCUCAAGACAUUGCGAGACACCAGCUUGCACAAGGUAUACACGGCAGUGGCAGUCAUAAUGCCCCUUGAAAGCGCGAGAGAUCCUGGAUAUGCACUGGAGACUGCAACUGAGGAAACUACCGUCAAAUUCGAUCCAGAAAUCACAGACGAGUUACUGCUGGCGUAUGUCCGGACCAGGGAGGGUGCAGAUAAAGCGGGCGGCUAUGGCAUUCAAGGCACUGGAGCAAUUUUGGUCGAAAAGAUAGAAGGCAGCUUCGACAAUGUGGUAGGGCUACCUCUGAGGACCACACUGAAACUCAUCGAGAGGGCCGUGGCUAAAUCCGACGAUGAGGACACUAUGGGCGACGAAGAUCUGCUGGAGGAUGAGUGA